AACAGCAACCACGAUACGAAGUUUCAAGUCACAGUCAACGGCAGCAGUUACAGCAGCAAUUAAGGCAAUUACAACAAUUUUACAAAAGAAUUAGCAAUGUUUUUAUUGUUCGGAUUAACACCACCACCAUCACCACUACCACCACCAACACAACAACAACACCAACAAAUAUCACAAGAGAAACAAAAACACAAGCCUCACCACUACCACCAACAACGUCAACACCAUCAUCAUCAUCACCAGCAACCAGAGCACCAUGGACAACAUAUCGAAGAGACAUCAAGGAAUCGAACAACAAAUCAAGCGAAUGUCUCGCCUACUGCAACAUCCAGGCAGCAGCAUCAUCACCAGCAACAUUAUCAUCGGCAGUCAAUAUCAUCCUCUGUGGCAACAGCAACUGCAACCACUGCAACAGCAACUAUUCCACAGCAUCCAACAACAGCAACCACAACAUCAACGACAACCACAGUGACAGCAACAGCAACAUCAUCAUCGGCAUCGUCGUCAUCAACGUCAACGGCAAAUUUAACUGUAACGCCUCGUUGCCUACACCUGCAUUUGCAUUUAAUUAUUGUGAUUAUCUUGGCCUGCUGCACAAGAAGACUCCACUGCUUACCAGAUGGCCGAGCCACGUGCCGCUCAGUGCCAGGCCUGACCAAAGAUCAAUUGGAACUUUGCUACAAAGCCAGCGACGUAACCACGGCUGCCUUAGAAGGUCUCGACCUGGCCAUAAAAGAAUGUCAAACUCAGUUUCAAUGGCAUAGGUGGAAUUGUUCGUCACUCAACACCAAAAGCCGCAAUCCUCAUGCAUCGAAUCUCUUAAAGAAAGGUUAUCGAGAAAGUGCAUUUGCCUUUGCCAUCUCAGCCGCUGGUGUAGCGCAUAGUGUAGCUCGAGCCUGCAGUCAGGGACGUUUAAUGUCCUGUGGCUGUGAUCCCUCGGUAAAUCGAAAGACGCUCAACAAAAAUCUCAGACAAAGUCUGGAUAAAGAGAAAAAACAAUUUCUACAAUAUCUGGAGACCAAUCAAAUACUCAAUCCAGAGGAUGAGAAAAAAUAUGAGAGAUCGAAAAUUGCCAGCCGUUGGAAAUGGGGUGGAUGUUCACACAACAUGGAUUUUGGUGUGGAAUUUUCCAAAUUAUUUCUCGAUUGCCGUGAAAAAGCUGGUGAUAUACAAUCCAAAAUUAAUUUGCAUAACAAUCAUGCGGGUCGAAUUGCUGUUUCCAAUAACAUGGAGUUCCGCUGCAAAUGUCACGGCAUGUCUGGUAGCUGUCAACUGAAAACAUGCUGGAAAUCUGCUCCCGAUUUUCAUGUGGUGGGCAAGGUGCUAAAACAUCAAUUUCGUCGAGCCUUAUUGGUCGAUCAAUCGAAUCUGGGUAAUGGUGAACCCAUUGUUGUGCUCAAGAGAUCGCGCAACAAAAAAUCCAACAACGCCAAUGGCAAUGGCGAAAGAACCAAUGAACGUCAUGAACGUCCUUCAAAUGCCAAAUCGAGUACGGAGAAAAAUGCCCAACGAUCCGCCCGAAAACUAGAGACAUCUCUAUUUUAUUACCAAAGAUCACCGAAUUUCUGUGAAAAAGAUCCCUCUGCUGAUAUUUUGGGCACAGUGGGUCGCAAAUGCAAUCGCAAUAGUACAUUAAGUGAUGGAUGCACUUCGUUAUGCUGUGGCCGUGGUUAUAGUUUAGUUAAGGAACGACGAGCUGAACGUUGUCAUUGUAAAUUUCAAUGGUGCUGCAAUGUGGAAUGCGAUGAAUGUCAUGUUGAAGAAUGGAUUAGUGUAUGCAAUUAAGAGUAAAACAAACAAAAACCAAACAACAACAAUAAUAAUAGUAAUACAAAAACAAAAUAAGCAAAGAAUCAACCAGCCAAUAAAUCAUAAAAAUCAA